CCAGUUCCACCAGACCAGUCUGCUCCUGGCCAUCCAGCUCCUGCAGAUGCUCGGCUUCGAUAAAGAGGUCAGACUGGAGGUUGUUUCUCAGUAGAUGAAUGUUUUCUGCAGCGUUUUCUCAGCUGUAUGUGAUUCCUGUUGCUACCCACUGCAGCCGGAGGCACACAGGAGCUCCCGGUGCUGCAUGAACCCAGCAGGCCCUCAUCCUCCCCUGGUGUCUGUCUGUGUUUUCACUGGUCCGUCACAUUACUGCUGUUUUCUGUGUGUGUCGUGUUUUAAAGGCCCUGCAGGCGCGACGGACAAAAUGCGAGCACCAGAACUGGGACCCCAUUGUUUGGACGUGUCACCGGGUGAUGAAGUGGAUCAGAGACAUCGACCUCAAGGAGUUUGCAGACAAUCUUCAGGGUAAAGGGAUUCAUGGUGCAGUCAUCGCCAUGGACCAGUCCUUUGACACAGACGCCAUGGCCAAAGCUCUGGGGAUCCCCAGCAACAAGCACAUGCUGCAUCGGCAUCUGUACGAAGAGAUGAAGUCCCUCGCUGUUCCUCUGUGUAAUGCCGAGCAGUGCAGCGAGAUCAUCGGCUCCUCUUCCCCAGUGGCUGUGAACCGCUUCGCUGACGAGAGGGUGUCGAUGAGAAGAUCAGGAAAGAGUCCGCUGAGGCUGCGCGCCAACAGCCAGUCGGUGGAGCGAAGUCUGGGCUUCCACGGCAGCUGCGGCUCUUUGCCCAGAGAGGCCAAAGUGCAGGCGGUUCCCCGCACCAAAGGCAGCCCCAUGCACACCUUCAAGAGUGUCGAAAUCACCAACGUGUGACCCGCUUCACAGACCGACUGUGUCAGAGCUGUUUACUACUGAGAGACGCCGGACUGCACAGGAGGAGUCGUCUUAAAGGGAAACGCCACUUAAAACUAAAAUCUAUUUUUAUUUUGACAAAUGUUGGAAACAAGAAACCAGUUCUGAUCCGGUUGUAAAUAUAAUGCAGGAGGUGAUUCUAGUCGGGUUUGUGUUUUUUAAACUAAAUAUUACAAAUGAGUUUUAUAUGUUAUUGGGAAAUGACAUCAUAGACGAGAAAGCUUCAGAAUAACAUUUAAAACAUAAAUGAGCUGAGCGCUGCUCUGAUGCCUUAAUAGGUCUCAUAGGCUGUGAUCUCCACAGGACUCUUAUUUAUUUACUAGGAUUGUUUCUAACAUCAUUCCUCUCCUGGUGCACAUGUAAGCAAGAGUUAAAAAAGCUCAUUAUCAUGGUAUAGAUGUAUAUCUGCCGUUACUCUGAGCGGACCGAGGCCCGGUUCUACCUACAGCUGAACUAUACAGACCAGACUGUUGAUGAUUGGAUCUGUUUUAGUUUCAAUAACAAAUCCAUGAGCCUAAACCUGCAAAUGUGCAAAAAUCAAUCAGCCAAGAUGGUGACAAAGCUGUUGAACCUCUUACAUGAUAGAAGCACCCAGGAGCACAUUGUUCAUAAUAAUCCUGUUCAGAUUAAUAAACCCGAUGUUCAGCGGUCCGGCACCGGCGCUGGCAGAUGUUUACAGAUGUACAGGAAACACCUACAACCACAUAUAUGACUGACUGUCAGAUGAUUUAAAAUGAAAGGAUGUUGAGAUAAUUAGGAUUUUAGAUGAGAACGUGCCGGUUUUUGGACUUGUUGGGGUAACUGUCAAAAUGUGAUUUUCAAAAUAAAGGCGAACCUAUAUUUACUGUUUAAAAGAAAAAAUAGAAAACAACAAAAUAAAAGUUUGUACCAUAAAAAAAGGACCAAUUCAGAUAUAAUUUAUGGAGGUUAAAUAACUCAACUAACAGGAUUUCACUUUUUUCCACUGCUAAAAGAGCAGCAGAACCUGAACAUUUAAUUUGGCAUUAAAAUGGGAAUUAAAUGAUCAUUUGAACAUUAAAACAGAUAUUAUUUUCAGCAAUGAUUUUGCUGAAAAUUAUGAACACAAUUAGUCUUAACUCUUCAGACACACUUGUUUCACCACUAAACACUGUUUUUUAUUUUGGCGUGAUCGCUGUGAAAGUCGACAUAAAGCUGCAGUAAAACUCACAGAACCACAGAGACCCGGCCGUGAAGCUUUGGCCCACUGAACAUGGUUCCACCUCUGUACUCACUGUACGCCUUUUAUUCAGAGUUAAACCACACUGUUAAUAAUAAUAACCUGACCCAGGAUUAACAAAUAAACCCUCCUUGUAGCCUGAUGGGAAUAAACCAGAUUUCUUUAGCCUGAUAGCAGCGUGUUAGCCUGAUAGCAGCGUGUUAGCCUGAUAGCAGCGUGUUAGCCUGAGGAGCUGCGUCAUGCUACAUGAGGAAGAUGAUGGAUUUAUUGGCAGUAUAAUGAAGAGGUUUUAUGAAACAGCAGCUUGUAGCACAUGAGACAAUCCUGACUGCUGACAGCUGGUUCGAUCCACCUUCUCAUGAGUGUUGUUGGUUUAAAAGAUCGACUGCGGCUUCAGAACAAUAAACCAGUUUAACUUACAGCAGUGAUCAUUUGUAGAUAAAUAAAUAUAUAUAUAUAAUAGUGACUUAUAUUGUUAAAAGUCACUAUUAUAUGAUGAUAAUACCAUUUUCCUUACAGAAAUAAUAAAGAUAAAGAUAAAUAUAUAUAUAUUACAGUGACUGUUGGGUUAUGAAAGGGAAAUGUGUAAAGUGAAUGGUCCCCGUGUGUUUAUACUGUUAAAGUCCUUCUUAAUGGAGCGAAUGUGUAUUUGUACAGUUCCAUCAUGUUUUCUAGCUCACAGCAUGAAACACUCUCAUUAACUGUCACUACUUGCACAGAGCUGCACCGUGUGCGGCCCGAACCCUGAGGUGAGCUCAGAACCCUGAGGUGAGCUCAGAACUGGUUCGUCCGCCGCUCUCUGGGCGUCGCCUCCAACUACCAAAGCAAAGUUGUUUAAGCGGGAAGAUUAGACCAGUUCAAACCUGCAGAGAGCGAAAGGAAAGACUUCACUGUGUUUGCUUUUGACACACGUCUGAGCUUCUCCACAUGAUUUUAUCUGGAGCUACUUACAGCCUGUUGUUGUUGUUUUUAAGGACAAAUAUCUUCAAACUUGUGUUGAACUAACUAUGAUUUAAAGAUGUUUUCAGACCGACAGUGUUUUCUGAUGAGUUUUGAAGGUGUGCAUCUGUAUCCAGCGGCUCUGUGAUGUCUUCAAACCGGGCUCAGAACCGUGGUGUCGGCUUGUUUGUGUUUCUAUGUGCUUGGAUUCACAUCACACGUCCACAUUUCAUCAUCUUAUUGUUUCCAAACUUUAUAAAACCAAGAAAGUUGCACUGAAAGCGAGUUUUUUUUCCAGAAGACUUUGAAAAAAGAAGCGGUCCUUCACAUGUUUGUAAAACGAGCCUCGCACACGUUCAUGCCUCAGCUCCUUAAGCCCGAGGCUAUUUUUUAAAUUUCCAACUGAGAAAACAUCCUCAAAUUCAGCCAGAAACGGCUCCAUGACUGUAAAGGCAAAAGAGGGAACCUUGGGCUCUGUGGAUAAGAGACACUUGAGUGAAUUUUAAAAUAGUCUCCGGAGCUCUUCCUGCAAAAAUUGGGGUUUUUACUUCCACCCAGUCGAUGGAUCACAGAGUAAAUAAAAAACGUACAACAACGG